AUGGAGACCUGUGUGCUCAUACCCUCCGAGUUCAGUCUGAUGCUUCGCCAGCGAGACAGCUUCCUCCAGCUGGUGAACGGACUGAAGAACAUCAAGAGCAGACAGAACGCCGCAGAGAAGAAGACCGAAACCGAAGCCGGUGUUUGUGUGUACAGCAAUCAGCUGAUUCGCAAGGGCGCCUGCUUUCUACCCUUCCAGGGCACCAUUCGCCUUGACCGACUCGAAGUCUACUCGCUACUCAACGAUGACGAUAUUCGCAACAAAUUUGGCUGCUUUGAUGAGAUCCGCGACAUGGACUGCAAGAAAGUGCGCCACUGCAAUUGGAUUCGCUUCGUCACCAUCACCAAGCUGCUGAAUGAGAAUGUCAACCUCGUCGGGCGCAUCAUUCGCGGCGAGGUGAUCUACGAGUGCAUUCAGAACAUCCCGCCCAACAAGGAAAUUGUCGUCUUCUAUGAUCUCAAGAACUUUGACACGGCCCUCUUUCAGGCCUUUUAUCCCUCGCUCUUUGCAGCGUCGCCCUUCUUUCGAACUCACCACCACGCGUUCAUCUGUCGCCAGGCUCUUCAGGAUAGUCCACUUGAUCUUUCCAUGUCCCUGUUGGCCUCACCUUCAGAAUCUUCCUCGUCCAUUUCGAGUUCCUCCUCAUUUUCAUCUCAAACUGAAAACCGUAUCCCCUUCUCUUCUGAUGAGUUUUCGCUUGAUCUCUCCAAUAAGAAAAGCAAAGUAGACGUCAUCAGCUCACCUCCCAGCUCACCCGAGUCAGAACCUAAUGAGAAAAAGUUGGACGACAGUGAUUUGAAGGUGGACGACGACGAGGAGGACAUUGAUGAGGAGGAGGACGAGGAUGAUGAGAUGGAGAUGAAGACGAAGACGGCGCUCAAGGAAAUUGAGGCGAUGAAGAGUUUGGCGAGUCACAUUGUGGUGAAGAAGCCAAGAGAGAGGACAAUGCUACCCUGUGAAUACUGCGGUAAAGCCUUUGAUAGACCGUCUCUCCUUAGGCGACACUUGCGAACGCACACUGGCGAGAAGCCACAUGUGUGUGAUGUCUGUGGUAAAGGCUUCAGCACCUCCAGCUCUCUCAACACUCACCGAAGGAUUCACAGUGGAGAGAAGCCGCAUCAAUGUCCUAUCUGUGGUAAACGGUUCACCGCCAGCUCCAAUCUCUACUACCACCGAAUGACGCACAACAAGGUGAAACCACAUGCGUGUCAAUUGUGUUCAAAGUCAUUUCCCACUCCUGGAGAUUUAAAAAGUCACAUGUACGUUCACAACGGUUCUUGGCCCUUCAAGUGUUCAAUUUGCAAUCGUGGAUUUAGCAAGCAGACCAAUCUGCGCAAUCACAUGUUACUGCACUCAGGCGACCGGCCGCACGAAUGUGAAAUCUGCCAGAAACGUUUUGCACUGCAGUGCAACCUCAGGGCACACAUGAAGACCCACGAGGAGCCACAGAGUGAAAAGUGCUUACG